AUGUGGGGAGGUUUCCGCAUGCACCUUGACACCGAGAUCCCAAAUCUGAUUGACGCUUUUGUCAACACAACCACCAAAGUUGGCAAUGACCCAGAUGCUGCGCACACUUUGUCUUUCUCGGCUUAUGAGGGCCUCAAGAUGGCGUUCACAGAGCUUGAGUACGCCUCUCCAAUCGAUACAGCCAACGCACCCACAAUCUUGAAAGACUACCUUGCCAUUCCGACAGUUCAGGAUGACACAGCAAAUAGCUCUCUUGUAGCGUUGAUACCACAACUGAGUGCAGAAAUACCUGUUGGCUUCCGCACGUUCAUGUGGUCUGCUUUGUUCAAGCUCGAUGCCACACUCAUUAGCGACAUGGUUGACAGAUUUUUCUCCGCCGCACCAACCUUCCCGGCUGUCUCUGUUUCUCGUGCACUUCAGAAGUCGCAGCCAGGCUGGUUCAAGCUUGAUAGCUCGCCAUUCGGGACGCAAGUAUGA